AUGCCAGAGAAGAUCCAAGGAACUGUUAAAUGGUUCUCAAACCGCAAGGGUUUUGGUUUCAUAACCCCCACAGGUGACGAUUCUCCUACGAAAGAUGAUAUUUUUGUCCAUCAAUCUAACAUCGUGAUGGAAAAAGAAGGCACUUAUCGAACCAUCAAAGAUGGAAUGGAAGUUCAAUUCGAGGUGACGACAGAUGAGGAUGGAAAACUAAAGGCACAAAAUGUCACUUCUGCUGAUGGAUCUCCAUGUCCGAUCCCAGAACCAAGGGAGCGCCGAAGACGCCGAAAGAAAGCAGAUUCUGACACUCCAGCAGCUGCGGAUGACACUUCUGGUGUGAACGAGACCCAGAAAGACGUUGAUGAAAACAGCAAGCAGAAUACAAAUAGCAGCGAUAAGCCAGCAGAGAAGAAAGAAGGCCGGAACCGCCGCAGAAAGAACAACAAGAAAGGAAACAGCAAUACUGACGACGCCCAGAAUGAGAACUCCAACAAGGCGAAAUCCAGCGAAAGCGACAAGAAGCCAGCAAAAGAAUCCCUUGAGAGCAUUUUGGAAAGCAGUGUGAAAGAAGGACUUGAGUCCAAAGAUCUUAAGAUCGUUGCAGGAAAGACCUUCAUAGCCAUCGGUGAUGCAAGAAUCAAACUUGGAAGUGGUGGUUACACUGCGUUUGGUCAUGCGGAUGGAGUCGUCGCGGAGGGAAAGUAUACAUGUGAUUCAAGCGGAAAGAUCACUGCUGAGUGGGAAAAAGUGCUGAAGUUGGAAAACGCAGAGUGGCAGGUGUCAACUGUAGCAGCGGAAACGAAGUACCUUGUUACAGAGUUUAAUCUAGGCGAUGACAAUGUAGUGCCCCCAAAAGGAGAGGAAGACGACAAGCCCAUUUGGGGUGAAGGGAAGGUUGACCCGAAAGAGGCUCUUGAAUCCAAUGGUUUUCUGAUGCGUAACAUUGUAUUCCAUCCUAGUUCCGGUGGUCGUCGUCGUCGUAAUCGAGGCAGACGAAACAACAAGAAAGAGGAGGGCCAGAAAAGUUGA